AUGCAUCUCGUGCCCAAAGAGCUUGAUAAGCUCACCAUCUCGACCCUGGGCUUCCUCGCCCAGCGUCGCCUCGCCAGGGGCGUCAAGCUGAACCAUGCCGAGGCCGUCGCUCUCAUCGCCAACAACCUUCAGGAGCUCAUCCGCGAUGGCAGCCACACCGUUGCCGACCUCAUGGCCCUGGGCGCCACCAUGCUGGGUCGUCGGCACGUGCAGCCCUCCGUGCUCGCCACGCUCCAUGAGAUCCAGGUCGAGGGUACCUUUCCCACGGGGACGUAUCUGGUCACCGUGCACAACCCCAUUGGCUCUGAUGACGGCGACCUCGCUCGUGCCCUGUACGGGAGCUUCCUGCCUGUGCCCAGCCAAGACUUGUUCCCUCUGCCCGCUGCCGAGGACUUCGCCCUAGAACGGAAACCCGGUGCCGUGAUUCCCGUCGCUAACGCCGAGCCCAUCGAGCUGAACCGCGGCCGCCGUCGCAUCCGCCUCAAGGUCACCAGCCUCGGCGACAGGCCUGUCCAGGUGGGCAGCCACUACCACUUCAUUGAGGUCAAUCCGCAGUUGUCCUUCGACCGCGUUGCAGCCUACGGCUUCCGCCUCGACAUCCCAGCCGGUACCUCGGUGCGCUUCGAGCCGGGCGACACCAAGACCGUCACCCUCGUCGAGAUUGCUGGUAACCGCAUCAUCCAGGGCGGCAACAACCUCGCUUCAGGCGUCGUCAGCGCCACCCGCGCCGAGCAGAUCGUCACCAAGCUCCGCGCUGCCGGCUUUGCACAUGAGCCAGCGCCAACAGCAGACCCGGCGGCGGACGCUGGCCUGGUGGUCGAGGCGUGUAGGAUGGGCCGAGCCGCCUACGCCGCUAUGUUUGGUCCCACAACGGGCGACCGUGUGCGGUUGGGGCUGACGGACCUGUGGGUGCGCGUCGAGCGCGAUCUCACCGUGUACGGCGAUGAGUGCAAGUUCGGCGGCGGCAAGACUCUGCGCGAGGGUAUGGGCCAGGCCUCUGGCCGGCCUGGUGCCAGCACCCUCGACCUCGUCGUGACCAAUGCGCUCGUUGUUGACUGGACUGGAAUAUACAAGACCGAUAUCGGUAUCAAGGACGGGCUGAUCGUGGGCAUCGGCAAGGCCGGCAACCCGGACGUCAUGGAGGGCGUGACCCCAGGUAUGGUCGUCGGAAGCUGUACGGAUGUGAUUGCAGGCGAGGGUAAGAUCAUCACUGCCGGCGGUAUCGACACGCACAUCCACUUCAUAUGUCCGCAGCAGGCCGAAGACGCCGGAACUAGCGCGACCACUUGCACGCCUGGUGCCAACUACAUGCGCCAGAUGCUUCAGGCCUGCGACUCCCUUCCCCUCAACGUGGGUAUCACCGGCAAGGGCAACGAUAGCGAUCCCAAGGCCCUCCGUGAGCAGGUGAUCGCGGGCGCGUGUGGCCUCAAGCUGCACGAGGACUGGGGCACCACGCCCGCCGCUAUCGAUGCCUGCUUGUCGGUAUGCGACGAGCUCGACGUGCAGUGCCUGAUCCACACGGACACGCUUAACGAAUCCGGCUUCGUCGAGGGCACCACGGCCGCUUUCCGGGGUCGCACCAUCCACACAUACCACACCGAGGGCGCCGGCGGCGGCCACGCCCCUGAUAUUAUCAGUGUGGUCGAGCACGCCAAUGUUCUCCCCAGCAGCACUAACCCGACGAGGCCCUACACGCGCAACACCCUGGACGAGCACCUGGACAUGCUCAUGGUGUGUCACCACCUGUCAAAGGACAUUCCCGAGGACGUGGCCUUUGCCGAGAGUCGCAUCCGCGCCGAGACCAUCGCCGCGGAGGACGUCCUGCACGACCUUGGUGCUAUCAGCAUGAUGAGCAGUGAUAGCCAGGCCAUGGGCCGCUGCGGCGAGGUUAUCCUCCGUACUUGGAACACGGCUCACAAGAACAAGGUCCAGAGGGGCUCUCUUCCCGAGGACGAGGGCACCGGCGCUGACAAUUUCCGUGUCAAGCGCUACGUGAGCAAGUACACGGUCAACCCAGCCACUGCGCAAGGCAUGGGUCACCUGGUUGGCAGCAUCGAGGUCGGCAAGCUGGCCGACUUCCUCGUGUGGGAUCCUGCGUGGUUUGGCACCAAGCCCAGCCUGGUCGUUAAGAGCGGCCUGAUCGCCUGGAGUCAGAUGGGCGACCCCAAUGCCUCCAUCCCAACUGUUCAGCCCAUUCAGGCCCGCCCCAUGUUCGCCCCCCGAGUCCCCACCACUUCUGUCCUCUUCGUCUCCCAGGCCUCCAUCGAGCACGGCGUCGUCCAGGCCUAUGGUCUGCGCAAGCGCGUCGAGCCCGUCCGAAACUGCAGGAACAUCGGCAAGAAGGACAUGCGGUACAACGAUUCUAUGCCGCGUAUGCGCGUCGACCCGGAGAGCUACGUCGUCGAGGCGGAUGGGCAGGUGUGUGGGGCUGAACCGAGUACCGAACUUCCUCUUGGACAGAACUACUUUGUAUACUGAGAAGUAGGAGCGGGGAUAGAGAACAGAAUAUGUAGGAGUGAUAGUGGUGGUGGUGCAGGACGACGAGGAGGACGAUGAACAUGAGUAAAUGAAGAUAAUGUCCUGUUCGUUCUAUUCCUGGAAAGAAGUGCAGGGGGAAGAGAAGAAAGGAGGUGGAGGCCACACCGUUUAACGUCAGAUAUUUAAUGCGUUAGAUCCAAAGUUACAUUGUUGGAUUGCAAUCUACUACGAGUUGUUCAGCCG